AUCUCCCUCCGCUCGACUCCGCGCGGUCGAGCGGGAGAGUGCCGCCGCCGCGGCCUGCCGGUCUUCUCCUUCGACGACACCAGCAGCUUCUCCUCCGCUGGUGUUCCUGCGGCCACCUCCUCCUUCGCAUCUUCUCCGCUGGUGCUCCUGCGGCCACCUCCUCCUUCGCAUCAGGCCACUUUGAAACAAUGCCGAAGCAAAGCAGCAAAGGGUACACGGCGCCCACCGCGGCCUCUGCCGUCGCCCAAGCUGGAGAAGGCGGAGCUUUCCCGCAGCCUCUGUCCACCGCUGAUAUGGACGCCACCCAGCCUUUUGCACACCUCGUGCGGUUGCUGGGGAGGUGUUUCUACAAUGAUGUGGUCAUCAGGGACGGGGUGGUCAUCACGGACGGGGAUGAUGAUAACUGCGGCUUGGCUGUCACCAUCCUCGACAAUCUGACCCGAUUUGCAUGGGUCAAAGAAAAUGAGCUGGCAAAGAUGUUGAACACCAAACAGAAAAAUAUGAUUGUGCUUCUACAAUUUCUAGAAAAAGAGAAGUUACUGAAAAGAGAAUUGGUAAAGAGAGCACAAGUGAAGACAAUUGAUGCUGUAGCAAAGAAGGAAAAUGGUACUUUCAAUAUGCUUGCAGGCGCCUACUGCUGCUUGGACUACUCACGGGUAGUCGAUGUCACCAGAUAUCAGCUUGAUCGCAUGAAGGAAUCAUUCAAAGAGAAACCGGAUUGUAGCACAAUGAUUGAGGAUUACAUGUGUUGUAUUUGUAAAAGAAGUUACUCAGCACUUGAUGCUGUUCAUCUUAUAAGCAACACUGGCAACACUUUUCGCUGUGAAAGUUGCAAAGGAGAAUUAGUUGCACAAAGUGGAGAUUACACUUCAAGAAGGGAAAGCCGUGCAAAGUCUGCAAAUAUGCUAAUAAAGAGUUUGAAGCAUCAGCAAGAAAGAUGAACGGAAAAGUUGGCCUUGACGUACAUAUAGAAAAUGUCAUCCACACAACAGUAUUGUAUUGGUUUACAAAUGUCUUAUAUGUAAUAAUUUACACGUAUUUCUGAUCAUGUGCUUAAUUUUCAAACCAAGUGUCGUGUAGUUUUAGUUCUGGCAACAAUAAGUGAUUAAGGCUGCAGUGCUUGGGUCAAAAUAUAUACAGUGUUCUAUGUUGCAUGGAAGCAUUGGAAGAUUAUGUUCACUGCCAA